AUGCUUCUAGGCUUACAUGGGAAGGAUUUGGACAAGCAGUUCGCAGAAAUCUUCUUGAGAAAAGAAUUGGAUUCGAUGCUGAAGGAAGGCUCGAUGUGUGAUAUCGCUGUUCAUCCAGAAGGAUUCCUGCUUCGUAAUAAGGAUGUCACGAUCGAAAUUGGAUAUCAAAACGCGGAAGUAACCUCUUGUAAGAUCAGCUAUUGGGACGAACCUCUCUUCGACGUUGAUGAAGCAUUAACAAUGCUAAAAAACGGAGAAUUUGCGCAACUACGAAACAGUGUUUUCGGAAUUUUAAGUCUUCUGCCGAUCAAUGUUACACAAAAUGAUCGAAAUAUUUGCAAGGAUGCCCUUCAUGUAAUGGAGCAAGUCCUCGUUCGAGAGGCGUGUGAUUCUACCUUUACUGCAAUUAAUACAGCAAAAUAUGGCUUUUUUUGUCCUCGGACCCCUCUUCGACCUGGAAGACUGUAUUAUGUGGCCGAGCCGAUGUACUUCCGCAGUCCUGGUCGCGCUGAGAGAACUCAUGCAAAUGACAAAGAUUUGGAUAUCCUGCCGUAUAUUGAAAUAUCGUUUAUUCACAACGAUACCCCUUGUCCAAUGCCAAUAUCGGAGAAAAAUGGUGAAUGGCAGGAAUUUGUUGAAGCACGAGCUUGCGUGCGCUUGAAAUUCUCUGGCACAAUUCUUAUUUCUCACACCGUUCUUAGGCGUUUAGAAAAAUUGAUAGCAAAAUCUCCUCUUGUGCGACAUUACACCAAUACGUAUCGUUAUAUGAGUGGAAAAGAUAAAUCGAGCGAGGGAUUGACAAUGAUGACAAAAUUUCCCAAAGAAAUUGUUCAACAUGUCUAUGAAAUUGAACCGGAAAGUCUUACCACUGAAAAUGAUCCAGUAAUCGUUGAAAUGUAUAUAAAGGAUUUGAAAGACCUGGAAAAGGUUAUUACUCUUUUGCGAUCCGAAUGGAUGCAUAACAGCUUUUACGAGUCGAUGUUGGCGGCUUGUGUGGGCAACGAAAAAGUUUCUUCAACUGAGGAACCGUUUUACAUGAGAACAUUUUUAUCUCGAAAAUGCUUUGAAUUUACUUUCCAAUCAGUUAUUGGAGUAGUUACUGUCGAAAUUGGCGAAGUUUCGGAUGGAAAAUGGAAAGUGGAAACUAGAAAUCCCAUGAAUGGCGCGCUUCUUGCUGGCGAACUUGACGAAAGAAUGACGGACACAAUAAUGAAGCAGGAUGACGCCAGUAUGCGUGGUGGAGUUCUUUUAUUUUUGGCUGAAGUUGAUGAGAAUGUGAAAAAUGCUGUUGCGAAUGCUGCAGCGGAACGUGCUAAGCGAAUCGAGAAGAAAAAUGUAUAUAGCGAUUUAGAGAAGAUGCGCAAAAUGACGGAACUUGAGGAGAGCAGCAGGACACAAAUGCAUCACCAUCAAUUGAUGAAUCCGUUAAUGCGACAAAAUCAUAUGAGCACAUUGGAAACAGCAAGAAUGCAAAUGAAACAGUCGAUGAGUGCUGCGACCGCUGUGGCGUUGGCCAGUCAAACCCCUACAACGCCAUCCAUGUUUGCUUCACCAAUGGGACACCCUAUGAACACCGCAAGAGAUAACUUUUUCGAUUUUUCUGAUGUGGGCUCGCCAGCUGGUUCAAUGUCUCCGUCUCCAUUUUCACAGACAUCUCGUGGUGGCAAAACGCCGCAACCUCGAAAACCGCGCGCUAGAAAAACUGGAGAGACUGUCGGAAUGUCGCCGAAUGAAGCAAAUCCAGCUCCUGGACGCGGACGAGGAAGGAAGCCUAGAGGCGCUGCUACUGCGGGAAGUCGCAAAGCUUCGGAUUUUAUGAUAGAACCGAGUCGUCCGAACUUCCAAAGGUCUUUCAGCGAAUUAGCUGCUUCUCCUGGAAGCACUACACCAAGAACAUUUGAAUCUCCAUUGGCGCAAGUUAUAAAUAAUUAUAAUGAUGAAGAUUCUGACGAUGAAUGCGAUCCACCACCCCCGCCAAAACUCAUGCCUCCUCUUAAGAUGUCAAUGCCACCGCAAGCAUCGCCAAAGUCACUUCAGAGCCCAAAUAACCAUCAAACAAUUACGCCAUCGCCACUGUCCGUACCACAACGUCAAAAUUCAUGGAAUACUCCACCUGAUAUCAAACCAGAUGUAAGCCUUCUAAAUAAAAUGCUGCGUGAUUCGCCUGCCACUGUGGAUAACAAAAGGAAGAGCAUUGAUCUUGAAGCGACGAUAUCGAAAAUUAAGAAUCAGCAGCAACAGCAGCAGCACACUUAUCUUCAUCAUCAUCAACAACACAAUCAGCCACCACAACAACAUCAUCCAGGACAUAAUAGUCAAAACAAUACCUCCCCUGUAACCGUGCGUAAAAGCAGUCUACUUAAUGACAUUUUUGAUGACGGAUUGUCUCCUACUGAUCGAAAGCCGUCAAUCAGUACACUUCAAGCUGCGAUUUCUCGUCAAAGUUCUUCAAAUAGUGUAGAUGUGAAGGCGAAUGAUUUAGAAGAUAUUAAACCACCAAAAAUGCCACGAGGAGCUCGAAAUUCGCCAAACGUUGAUACGAAAUCGAAAACGGAGAAGGAAAGAAAGAAAAAGGAGUCCAAAGAAAAACAGCCGAAACCUGAGAAAGAACCGAAGAAGCGGAAAAUUGAGGCAUUGAAAAAGGAAAAAGAGCCGAAGGAGAAAAAGACAAAAGCCUCAGAUAUUCCAAUUAAUAUUCUACCAACAUUAAGCCUAAAGAACUUUAAAAUUCCAAAGAAAGAAGCAAACGAUGAUCAACAGGAAUCUUUACCGCCAGCUUCUAGUGUCAGUAGACGUGAUCCUCCGAUGUAUCCUGGUGGUGGUCCAGCCUUCAACAACAAGGAUUCUGAUUAUCAUAGCUUUGGUGCGUUUCCGAAACCACUCAAGAAAAAAACAAGUUCAGUUUCACUCAGCUCUUCUACUCCAAGUUAUUCUACCUCAACCUCAUCAUCUUCAUCAUCACGUAGUCGUAAAACUCAGCCAAUACCCCCACCUUUGCCUCGGAGUGCAUCUUCUGCGUAUCCCAGCGGGCGUUCCGGAUACUCUGCUUCUUAUUAUAACCAACAAAAAACUGUGGCUUCGUAUGCGCAAGGAGUACCGCCAGGAAUGGGACCGCCAGCAGCUGGGCCGCAUUCGCAUAGUUACUCAAGUGGUCAAUGGGUGAGACCGCCAGCACACAGAGAUAGCCAUCAUCAUAGUUCAAGUAGCAGGGAUCGUGCUGAAUUGAAAAAUGACGAUAACGGACCUGAUAGUCCUGAAGAGACGCUUCGUAUUGCCGAUGAGUAA